GUGGAUGUUGGAGCAAGUCGAAGCAGGUAAUCUCAUUCAGGAUUUGAAAAUGGAUGUUUUACAAGCAAUCUUUGCAAAUCUUUCAGAUGAUCUUCAUGAAGCUGGUAAUUCAAGGCUUGAAGGUCUUAUUAGGUUACUGGAUACUUUCUGUCUUCCAAAUGUGAUGGAAAUUGAUAAAUUCUUAAAUUUUAAUAGUGAAGAGAUUGUUUAUGAAGUCUUCUCAGAGGAUCAAAUCAUUAAGAAGCUGGCUUAUGUGUUCAGAAAUGAUGAAAGUGUUGAAGUUAUGGAUAAAGGAAAUACUGAGGUAAUAGAUGAAGAGGAAGACGAUAGUGUAGAACCCACAAUUGUUAGUGGUAGCUCGGCGUUGAAUAGUUUAGAAAAUGUUCAGAUGUUUUUACUUUAG